GGCUGUUGUUAGACUUUUAACUGACUUCCCUGGGUGAGUUGGGCUCUGCCUGCUCCCCAGGUAUCUGCCCCUUUCCCUAAGGGAGCCGAGGAGCCUUGGCAAUGGCAGCUGUGUUCCCGAUACUGGCAAAGUCCCAGGAAACAGUGAUGUUUGACGACGUGGCUGUGUAUUUCACAAGGAAGGAAUGGAUGUGCCUGGACUCUCCUCAGAGGGCUCUCUAUAGGGACGUCAUGCUGGAGAAUUAUGGGAACCUGGUCUGCCUGGCAGGAUUUCCAGUCUCCAAACCUGACCUGAUUUUUCAGCUGGAGCGAGGAGAAGAGCCAUGGGACUUGGAGCUACAGGGUACUGAGGAAAGAGAGGACACCAAGAAAAGAGAUUCUGAGAUAGGGACUGAGAACAAGACAUCUUAUAAAAAAGAGGAUAUAUCAGAAGAUGUAAAAUCACCUGGAGGGACCUCAGAAAUACCUUUUAGAGAUGCUCUUCAGGAACCUGUUUUUGAAGAAGUUUGUGCAUUUGGGGGAAAGUUAGAAAAUAAUCAGGGAGAUUCUACUGAGGUGAUACUGGAGAGAUCUUUUUUCCAGGAGAAAGGUUUCAGUAAAGUGACUAUGAACCACAACAAAACCUCCAUGGGAGAAAAAAAUCAGGAAUGUGGUGAAUUUGGGAGAAACUUUGGUCUGAAUCCAAGUUUUGUUUUAUACCAGAGUGAUACUAUGGGAGAGCAAGUCCAUGGAUGUGAUACCUGUGGCAAAACUUUCAAAUACAAUUCAGAUCUUAUUCGACAUCAGAGGAUUCAUACUGGAGAGAAACCUUAUGGGUGUGAUGAAUGUGGAAAAGUCUUUAAUCUCAAUUCAGAACUUAUUCGACACCAGAGAAUUCAUACUGGAGAGAAACCUUAUAAAUGUAAGGAUUGUUGGAAAGGCUUCAGUCAGAGCUCCAAUCUUAUUCGACAUCAAAGAAUUCAUACUGGAGAGAAACCCUAUGAAUGUAAUGAAUGUGGGAAAGGAUUUGUUUGUAGCUCAGGACUUAUGCAGCAUCAGAGCAUUCACACUGGAGAGAAACCCUAUGGAUGUGAUGAAUGUGGGAAAGCCUUCAGCCUGAACUCACGACUUAUUCGACAUCAGAGGACUCACACUGGAGAGAAACCAUAUAAAUGUAAUGAAUGUGGUAAUGCUUUCAAUCUAAAUUCAGAACUGAUUCGACAUCAGCGAACUCACACAGGAGAGAAACCAUAUAAGUGUAAUGAAUGUUAUAAAGCUUUCAGUCAGAGAGCAAAUCUUAUUCAGCAUCAAAGAAUUCAUACUGGAGAGAAGCCUUAUGAGUGUCUUGAAUGUGGGAAAAGCUUUAGCUGUAGCUCACACCUUAUUCAGCAUCAGAGAAUCCAUACUGGAGAGAAACCAUAUGAGUGUGAUAAAUGUGGUAAAGCUUUCAGUCAAAGCUCACACCUUAUUUUACACCAGAGAGCCCAUAAUGGAGAGAAACCUUAUAAAUGCCAUGAAUGUGGGAAAGACUUCAGUUGGAGUUCACAACUUAUUCAGCAUCAGAGAGCUCAUACUGGAGAAAAACCCUAUGGGUGUGAUGAAUGUGGUAAAGCCUUCAGUGUGAACUCACAGCUUAUUCGUCAUCAGAGAACUCAUACUGGAGAGAAACCCUAUAAAUGUAAUGUUUGUGAGAAAGCUUUCACUCAGAGUUCCCACCUUAUUCAACAUCAAAGUAUUCACAUGGAAGAGAAACCUUAUGAAUGUGUUGAAUGUGGGAAAGGUUUUAGUCAGAGCUCACAACUAACUGUACAUCAGAGAAUUCACACUGGAGAAAAACUCUAUGAAUGUAUGGAAUGUGGGAAAGCCUUCAGUAGGAGUUCAUCCCUUAUUCAACAUGAGAAAAUUCAUACUGGAGAAAAACCUUAUAGUUGUCAAGAGUGUGGAAAAACCUUCAGUCAGAGCUCACAGCUUACUAAGCAUCAGAAAAUUCAUACUUGAGGAAAAUAAUUAUGAAUGUAGAAAUGUUUUUAAUUGGGGCUUACACAUUGAAAAGCAGAACAUUCCUAUAGGAGAGGAAAUUAUAUGCAUAUAAUAUAUAUGGCAGAGCCUUUGAUGUCACUUCACCCUUAUUCAAUGUAUUUUUAUCACCUGUCAUCAUCCAGUGAAUAUUCAUUUCAUAAGGUGACAAAUUUGAGAGAUGUUUAUUAAGGAUGUAGGAUUGACAGGGCUUGGUAAUUAAUUAGAUACAGAUGGCAAGGGAGAGGAAACAGUCCUCACAGGUUUUUAGACCUGGGUGUUUGGAAGAACGGUGAGAUCCUCAACGGAAAUAGGGGUUUGUAGGAGAGAUAGGUUUGUGGGGAAAGAUAAUUGAGAUCUGUUUCAGAAAUGUUGAGUUUGAGAUUCUCAAGGGACAUCUAGCUGGAAAUGUCCAAUAAGCAGUUAUUGAUUCAAGAUUAGAGCUCAGUAGAGAAAUUAGGACUAAAUUGUAGAGCUGAGAGUCAUUUUCAUACAGAUGAUAAUUGAACCCACGAUAGCUGAUGACACCUUCAAUUCAACAAACAUUUAUUAAUAUCUGCAAUGAACAAGGCAUUGGCUAAAUAAUUCUCAGGGAGAUAAACAUUCAUCCUGCCUGAAUGUAGGCAUACAAUAUACACACAAUAUUCAAGAUAAUAUUAAGAUACUGGGCUUACAAGUAUAGGGGAUCAAGGAAGAUUUCAUUAGAGAAAAGGCACCUUAGUUAAACAUUAAAGAAAGGCAAGGAUUCAAAGAAGUGAGGGAGGUUAAGGAGGGAGUUUGUCAUAAGUAUGGGGAAUGGCUUCCCAAGGAAGGAAACCCUGGAAAUAGAAGGUACCAAUGCCUCUGACUUGUGAUUAUCCACCCCUGGGGCCUCCAGAAUGAAAGAAAAACAAAACAAUGGGCGAUGAAAUAUCAAGUUUGAGGAAUGAUCAGUAGUUCUUACAAGAUGAAGACUGUAAGGAAAGUUUUAGUCAGAAAUGUCAAAUCUCUGUAAGAGUGUAAGGUCUUCACAACUCAGGACCAUGUCUAUUUAGAAUUUGUUAAGACCAGAUUAAUAAAGCAUCUUUACUCUGGGCCUACCUGUAUGGAACUGAAACAGCUUUGUUG